AUGGCCGAUCCCUGUCCUCUGGCGUGGGCGUUUCGUGCACAGAAGCGACUUGGUUUGCGCGCUGGACUCUCCGAUUUUCCCGCCGUGCCGGGAUUUGACGAGGAGCACAGCGACGCGCGGAUGCUCAAGUACAGCCGCGACGGCUCCAUGCUCGGUGUUGCACUGGAAAACAGUAUCCACAUUUACGAAGUACACGCGGACGCUGUGAAACUUUUGCACGAAAUUCCCGUGCAAAAGGGGAUCGAGCUGAGUUUCUCGCCCAAAGGCACCUUUCUUUCUACCUGGGAGCGCCCCGUGCGCUCGGAGGAGGGAGGAAACGUGCUAUACAGCAAGAACUUGCGUGUGUGGGAUACCAAAACUGGACAACUCGUGGCUGAAUUCGAGCGGCGCCAGCUUGACGGCGCGUUUUUCCAGUUUACCGACGCAGAAGAAUACUGCGUACGCCAAGUCUCUACCGAGCUGCAGGUGUAUGACCCGCGCAACUUUGCACAGGGCACGAUAGGGCGCUUGCGUGUGGACAACAUUGGUGCUUUCCAGCUUGGACCCAGCACAAAUCCAUCCGUGGCCGUCUUCUUCCCGGAAAAAAGAGGCGCGCCUGCGUCUGUGCGUCUUUACGCGGUCAAGUCAAUGCUCGGUGCCUCGCUUGAUGCACAAGUGCAGCCUCUCGCACAAAAGUCCUUUUUCAAGGCGGAAAAGGUCACGUUUAAGUGGAACGCGACAGGCACAUCGCUGCUAGUGAUGACCGCGACAGAUCAUGACCAAACGGGCAAAUCCUACUAUGGCGAGUCAAAUUUGUACAUGCUCUCUGCGCGCGGCGACUUUGACUGCCGCGUCGAACUCGACAAGGAAGGGCCGAUCCACGACUUUGAGUGGAAUCCCAGCAGCCGCGAAUUUGUCGUUAUCUACGGCUACAUGCCGGCCAAGGCAGUCAUCUUUUCUUACCGCGUGAAUGUGAUUGCCGAACUCGGCACGCAGCCGCGCAACUUGAUUGCAUUCAAUCCCCAAGGCCGCCUGUUUUGCCUGGCUGGUUUUGGCAACUUGGCCGGCACCGUCGAUAUCUGGGACCGCGAACGCCUUGAGGACGGCAAACUCUUCACGCUCGACGCAAGCAACAGCAGCGUCUUGGAAUGGAGCCCGUGCGGCCAGUUUUUGCUCACUGGGACAUUGUCUCCGCGUCUUCGUGUAGAGAACGGCGUGAAAAUUUGGCACUGCACGGGUGUUUUGGUGCACGUUGAAAUGGUGGACGAAAUGUACCAGACAUGCUGGCGUCCGCAGCAUGAGACCGUGCCGCCGUUCCCAAAGCAAAUUCCUUCAGCCCCUGCUUGCUCUGCUGCUGCGACUGCGCUGCUUGCCAAGAAGACGGCGACGACUAAGCUAGCGGGCACGUAUCGCCCCCCUGGCGCGCGCAGUUCCGGCGCAAGUACGAGCGAUUACCUGCACCGCAACGUGGAGGAGAGUGCACCAAAGCCACUGUACCAUCCGCCUGCUGCUGCGCGUGGGCGUCGUAAAGUGCCAGGCGCCGCGCCAGCAGAGCCCAAAGCUGUGCAGAAGCCGGAGAUGGGUGCUGCAGACGUGACAGCGAGCGAGGCUGGUACGGUGGAGAAGAAGCUGCGUAACUUGGCCAAGAAGCUCAAGGCGAUAGAGCAGCUCAAGGAGCGCCGCAAUCGGGGCGAGGCGAUGGAAAAGACACAGCUGCAGAAAAUUGAAGGAGAGCAAGAGAUUCGUAAAGAGUUGCAGGAGCUCGGGGGAUGA